CGCCCACUGAGGUUGCCGAGCAGCUGGAUUGUUUAUAUCCGGGCAUUUUCCACGCUCCUCGCCUCCUUCCGCAUCCUCUUGCCUCUCCCAAGAUGGCCACCAUAACAGAACUCAAAGCAGCUCUAAAGGAGGCGCUGGAGAAGCGCGGGGCCCUGGGUGCGGUCAAGGCCAGACUGCGGGCUGAAGUCUUCUCUGCACUGGACGACCAGACCCUGGACCGGCCCACUUUGACCCGGGAGAACCUCCUCAUCAACGAACUCAUCCGCGAAUACCUGGAGUUCAACCAGUACAGAUAUGCCGCCUCUGUCCUCAUUGCUGAAUCUGGCCAACCAGAGGUUCCCUUGGACCGAGAGUUUCUAGUGAAAGAACUCAAUAUUGUUGAAGAUCCCAGCAGCCGAGCAGUGCCACUGUUAUAUGGAAUUAUCACCCGGCUGUUACAGAGUAAUGAAGAAAAGGAUACCUUUCCAAAAGCAUCGACUUCACAGUUUUCAAAGUGGAACCUUAGCAAACCAAUGGGGUCCGUUUUGGGGGCAGAGCAUCCUGGGGCCGGACUGAGGGUCAGGGAUCCCUUGCCUAAAGAUCUAAAGAGAGGAAACCAACAGGAGCAGCUAUGACCUAAAUAAGGUUUCUGUGGCCAUCCAGUCUGGCGAAAGGAAGGGUCAGGGCCAUUUUAAGACCUUGCAUUAAAUAAAAAUGAAAACACCAAA